AUGCCUCACUCUAAGGUCCCCGGUGGCGCUGGCAUGUCCGAGAAGGAAGCCAAGAAGCAAGCUCAGAUGCACGGUGAAGGUGCCCCCAACGCAGCUGGCCACACUGAGGGCAAGGCCCCUGGCGAGGCUCCCGUCGCUUCCGACUCUGGUGUCACCAACGUUGGCAUCGACAAUGGCAGCAACCAGCCUGGAGAGAAGGGCAUCAAGGGUGUUCCCGUCUCGACUGAGUCGACCACCAACGCCAACAUGAAGUAA